AUGCAUGCCCCAUGUGUUUCUCAUUGGCAGAGUGUUAAGCACAUCUUACGUUACUUGAAGCACACCCUUAACUAUGGCUUACUUCUGCAAUCUUCUCCACACUCAUCCCUGGCCGCUUACACUGAUGCCGACUGGGCAGGGUGUCCUGAUGACAGAAAGUCUACUGGUGGUUAUUGUAUCUUUUAUGGUUGCAACUUAGUUUCAUGGAGCUCCAAGAAACAAUCCACUAUUGCCAGGUCUGGUACAGAGGCAGAAUACAAGGCCCUUGCUUUAUGGCCAAAGCUCUCUAGGUCUCCUUUCUAUCAAGCAAAGAUCAACUUACUGUUAUCUUCACCAAGCCCUUGUCUUCCUCCAGAUUUGCUUCUCUCAGAACGAGCCUCACUGUACUGUUCUUCCAGAACUGCUUAG